GAAGCUAAUUACUCUGUUUUUAUUCUAGCAGCCAUGGGUGGAGCACAAACAAAGAACAAGAACAAAUCAUCAUCAUCAUCUCCAUCUCUUAUUGAACAAGGGUUAAGAUCCAAACUCAAUCUUCUCGAGAGAGAAAUUCGUGAAAUCAUGAUCAUGAGAGAGACAGAAACCCUAGCUUUUGAUCAAGACACCAUGAUUUUCUCCUUCAAAGAAACAGAGUGGAGAGAAGAGAGAAACAAGCUCAAACAAGAGAUCAAGAAAUUGAGGAUGACGUCAUCCUCCUUAAUAAUGGAGGAUAAAGAGGUAGAGGAGGAGAGACAGAGGACUUGCAGAGAUGAAGCUGUCGAGAGGUGGAAGAAGCUCUAUCUUGCCAUUAAAGUUGAGCUUGAUGAUCUCAUUCUUAAAACCCAUCAAGGAGAGAAUAUGUAUUGGAGAUCAGGGGAGAAUGAAGAACUUAAAAGGAUUUUAAGAGAAAGAGAAGAAACAAUAGAGAUUCUUCAAACAAGAUUGGCUUCAAUGGAGCAAGAGGAGAUGAGGAAGGAAAGAGAGAUGGAUAUUCUAAGGCAGAGCUUGAGAAUUAUGUGUUAUAACAAUAAUAAUAAUAUGAUGAUGAAGAAGAAAAAGAAUAAAUAUCAGCCUAGAUCUAAUUUAUUAAAUUAGACAAUUUGUAUUUAGGUCUAGUUUGAUUUAAAGGCUCCAACUAGAUAUAU